AUGGGAACGAACACUACACACAGAGCCAAUGCUGUUCUCCUUAUGCUCGUGCGCAACUCGGAGCUAGAAGGCGCAUUAUCCAGCGUAAUGCAGCUGGAAGAACGUUUCAACAGGCGCUUUGGUUACCCCUGGGUAUUCCUGAACGACGUCCCGUUCACCGACGAUUUCAUGCAGAAGAUGAGCGGUGCCAUCGCUGGACCCGUCUCUUAUGGACUUAUCCCGAGGGAGCAUUGGUUGCAGCCGGACUGGAUAGACGAAGAGAGAGCUGCAGCGAACAGAGCUCAGAUGGUAGCUGACAAUGUCGUAUAUGGAGGUGACUAUCGUAACAUGUGCCGCUUCAAUUCCGGAUUCUUCUACAGACAUCCCCUCGUACGAAACUACAAAUGGUACUGGCGAGUCGAGCCUAGUGUCAAUUUCCUGUGCGAUACGGACCACGACCCGUUUCUCUUCAUGGAAGAAAACGAAAAGGUCUACGGUUUCACCAUUACGCCAUAUGAGUGGCCGCUGACUGUCCCAACGUUAUGGGGCGCCGUCAAAGGCGAGGCUACCACUUGCUUGGUCGAUGCUCAAUGUUGCUCAACGGCAGGACGUGUCACAGAGUUCACCACCACGUAUCCGCAGUAUAUCGCUCCCAACAACGCGAUGGAUUUCCUCACCGACGAUGGCGGUGAGACUUAUAACAUGUGUCACUUCUGGAGCAACUUUGAGAUCGCGAAUAUGGACUUCUGGCGGGGCGAAGCUUACAGCAAGUUUUUCGAACACCUAGAGUCCAAGGGCGGAUUCUAUUACGAGCGCUGGGGCGACGCUCCUGUCCACAGCAUCGGGGCUGCGCUCUUCGCCCGCAAAGAUCAGAUUCACUUCUUCGACGAUAUCGGGUAUCAGCAUCCACCCUUCAUGCACUGUCCACGUCACCAGACCGUACGUAAGGAACGGAACUGCUCGUGUUCGCCGUUUGGCAGCUUCGAUUACAACGGGUACUCGUGCUUGCGUAAAUGGGAGCUGGUGGCGCGCAUUUGA